CGCGCGCGCGUGUCAUAGUCCUAGAGCGCUUGCGAGCAGCGGAGCGCACAUUCACGCGCGGAUCGCAGCGAGCGUCGCGUCGCGUCAUUUUUCUCGUGGGUCUCUUGUGCAAACAUGUUUUAGACGCAGAACGCGACAGAGGAACAACAUUCAGCUGCAUACAGAAACAGAGAGAGAACGUGACCUCGACUGACACUGACAGACACUCAGAGAACUGCAGAACAAGCAUCAUGGAGGAGUUUAAGGUCCAGACGGCCAAACAUCCGGUACCCAACAGUUCACCCAUGAGGCCGCACAGCGAGCAGUCUAGAGAACACGCGGCCAAGCGUCUCUCCACCGCCUCCAACGGCACGAGUGACGGAGGCGCCGGAUCCAAAACCCCGGUGGAGAUCACGGCGCUGGAGGAGUCGUUCCGCCGCUUCGCCAUUCACGGAGACACGCGAGCCGCCGGCAAGGAGAUGAACGGCAAGAACUGGUCCAAACUGUGUAAAGACUGCGGCGUCAUCGAUGGAAAGAGCAUCACCCUGACAGACGUGGACAUCGUCUUCUCCAAAGUCAAGAAUAAAUCCAACCGCACCAUCACAUACAGUCAGUUUAAAGAAGCGCUGGGAGAACUGGCCAGGAAACGUUUUAAAGAGAAGAGCAGCGAGGACGCCGCACGCGAGGUUCACAAACUGAUAGAAGGGAAAUCGCCCAUUAUAUCUGGAGUCACGAGAGCUGUGGCGUCUCCCACCGUGUCCCGCCUGACAGACACCACCAAGUUCACCGGCUCUCACAAGGAGCGCUUCGACGAGACGGGCCGCGGGAAGGGUAAGGCCGGCCGGGUGGAGAUGGCGGACACGUCCGGUUACGUCUCCGGAUACAAGCACGCCGGCUCGUACCAGAAGAAAGUUCAAGGGAAACCCGGUCAAAAGCCCAUGUGAGAUUCACCAGACAAACCCCGACUCUGGAAAGCACAAAAGGAUUUUAGCGUCUGUGAAUUUGAUCCAUUUCGUAUUCCUCGUAUUCCUAAAUAUGUCUGUGUGUUUUAACUGGAAUGCUGUUUACAUCCGAAGCGAGACGUCACCAGCUGGUACAUUCCUAACAAACUGCACACGAUGAUGCCAACUGAACGAAACCAGUGAAGGUUUGUGUUUGUGAUCGCUCGUGUUGUUGAAAUGAAACGCACACAGGAGCAUUUGGUAUUUUGUGAUUUGUCUUUCAGCAGAAUGAGGUCAGAAACAAACUGACGUGAGUGCUUGGCUGUUGCGAUGCCAUGUGUUGAACAUACCUGCAUGCGCUCUCGUGUUAAAUAUUAGUAUUUAAAGGUGUUAUAGAGUUAUCUACACAUGUCAUGUUGACAUUUUAACUUUUAACUUUAACCUCAGACUGUUGCUCCAUCACGACUUGAAAGAAAAAUUGGACCGCAAAUGUUUUUGCUUUAGCGCCCCCUUUGGCUGCACUGAGAAUGCAGCACUGACGAUGUGCAUUUAUAAAAAUAUAUUUAUUUGUAUGACACUGAAUACAUUUACUCCUAAUUCAUUCAGUCUAUUGGAUAAUAUAGACUUGAAUAACAGUUUUUGACUUAAACAGUUGUAAUUGAGCUAAACCCAUAAAUCACCCUGAUUUUAAACCUUACAGCCGCUGAAAAAAUUAAGAGACCAGAUUCCAAAUUUCCAAAAAUGUAUUGUGGCCAGUCCAGUGUCUGUUGAAUUUCAGGAGAAUCAAACCUCAGGAGUGACAUAAA